UUUUUUUAAUUUUGGUUUCAUUUUGUGUACAUUUAAAAGAAUUUGAAGAAACUGGAAAUUAGUUAACAUAUUUAUUUUAAUAUAUUAAAUGAUUCCUUUAAAAAUUGUUAAAUGAAUAAUCAAAAUAUUGAAAAGAGGUCUAGGAGGUUAAUCUUUACAUUGUCUCUGAUUUAUUCUUUGAUUAAUAAAAGAAUAGCAUUUAAAAAUCAGAAUUUUUUCGAUUUAUAACUAAUUCUUCCGAUUUUAUUAUAGCAAUUUUUAGCUUUCACCGGAAUAUCUGAAUCCUUCCACGGCCCCAAUUAUUUUAUAAUUUAUUCCGAGAAGAAGCAUAUUCUUGAAAUAUUAUACAUUUAUAUAUUGUGUAUAUAUUAAAAUUCAUUAGACAUUGUGCAAUUGAUUAAUAAAUAGCAACAAUGGCGAAAUACAAUAUUGCUUAAUGAAUACUUCUAUAUCGAUAAUUAUCUUGUUUAAUUCAUUGACAAGCAUGAAACUAAUUGGACAAAUAAAUUAUAUUAUAAAUAAUAAUUUGCAUAAUAUAUUCGAUUGAAGAAAUUUUCUGUUAUUACAGGAAUAAUUAAUUAAUUUCAUAAAACGAUUUCAAAUUUUGUUGAUACAGUUUUACAAACGUAUUUAUAUUUUACGUGAAUGCAUUUAAUACAAUAUAUAAAAUGUAAAUAGUCUUUUUAGAAAAAAAAAAAAAAUUAAGAUAUUUUGCAUUAAAGGUUUUAUCAUGUGAAUCGAUCUUAAACUUGAUCUAUCCCUUCAUCCUUGUAAUCCAUCCAUGGUGUAGUCAUUUAACCGCAAGUAAUAUGGUGUAUCUAAUUUCUAAGAAUAAAAUAACUAAGGCUUAGGGACGUGAAACUUACGCAGGUAUACUUUCCAAACUAGUUGAACUCGAGACGAAAUUCGAUUUACAAUUGAAUUUCUUUCACUGCGUUAAUAAAAAGAAUAAAAAUUACUCUUAUAAGUAAAGAAGAAACAAUUAAAUAUGAUCAUCGGAAGGAUUCUAAUUAAAAAUAACGAUGAUUUAACCUUUUAUGAGUUGUAAUAUUUUCAUUCUUUAACAUAUAAAUUGAAAACAUAAAAAUUUUAAGAUAAUGAUAAUACAUAUGACAUAUUAUAUUUUCAUUCAUGAAGCAUAAUAUAAAGCAAUAAUAGAACGAGUAAACGAGUGUAAUUACGAUUUUCCACCGAUACGUGUAUAUCUGUGUAUCUUGCAACUUUACAAGGGGACGAGAGAUAUAAUUAAGAGGGAUUAAGAGGAGGGGAGGACAAAUGGUCUAGGUACAUCCUCCUGCGUUCAGUUUUAUAUAGUUUCUUUGAGAUAUAGGAAAACAAAAGCAUAUCAUACGCGAUUAUGAACCCUUUGUUUUGCGAACACGUGUACGUUUAAAUUAAUAUCCAUCUGUGUUUAUUAAAAAUUAUCAAUCGAAAAAAAAGAUUAAUAAUAAUUUGUAACAGACAAUUGUAUAAUUGUUUAAACAAUUGAUAUUUUUUUUUGACUUAUCGUUAAAUUGUAAAUUAUCAAUAAAAUAUUACGUGCAAAUUAUUUUUCGUUACCUAGUUUGAAUAUAUUCGUUAUAUGGCUAAUGAUAUAAUAAAAAAAAGAUUUCUUUUUGCUCCGGUUACAUUUAUUAUUUUCUAUUUAAUGUAGUGUAAAAUUUGAAUUUCAAUAUCCACUAAUUGUAUCUGCAUCAUUUGCACACUGGAAAGAAAUCUUUUACCUUUUCUAUUCGUCUUCAGAGAUAAGUCAUUAUGCAACAAGAUUAGAAAAAAGAUCACAGCAUAAAAAUUAUUAUAAUCGCGAUCAUCGACUUUCACUUUGUACGUCGCAUUAGAGGUAACGAUGUAAAUUAUUUUCUUCUCGUGUGUGUUUUCUCUUUUGCGAAAAACAAUUUUAUUGCUUUAAACGAUCAUAUCAAACGCUCGUUUCUCACCGUGUCGUAUGAAAUUGUAGAUAUCCGACAGAUUUAUAUCAUUAUACUUGAGUUAAAACUGAUAAUAUUGAAAAAUGAAGAAAAGAAAAUAAGAGAAGAAAUAAAAUAGUGAGAGAUGAAUGGUACCAGACUUGGUAGGGGUCGAGGUGGCCGCCUUGCCGUAUACGUGGGUUGCGGGAUGGUGGUCAUUCUCCUGGUGUUCCUCUACCGCGCCGCCACCUCAGAAAUGGCCAGGCUUCAAGAGCUUAAUGUCCAAUGUUCUCAUCAACAGGAGGCUCUCGCCGCUCAACUUCAAGUGAUAUUCGAAUACAAAGUGAGGUUAGAAAAAUCGUUGGCCGAGGAAAAGAGUUCGAACGCGGCGGUGAAACAGGAGCUUCAGCAACGGGCGUCCAGAGAAAAAUCCCUGAGAGACAAGGACAGUAUAGAGGCGAUGCAGAGAUUCAACUCUUUGCAACAAACGUACAAGUUGCUGCAGACGGAGCAUCAGGAUUUGAAGGAGGAAUGCAAGAAACGGGAUCAGCAAGCUUUAGAGGACACUAAUAAAUUGGAGACGACCCUCAGAGAGCUUCGUAGCCGGAUUAGGCAGACGAGGGAGGACAAGGAGAAGGCUUUGGAGCAUUUGAAGACCAAGUUCCUCGAGUUGGACACGCAGAAAAACGAAUUGGAGCAAAAGUACAAUGACAUGUUGAAAAAUAACGUGGACACGAAUAGCACGAUUGAACAUUUGAGAAAGGAGGUGAUUCAAUUGAAGCGCGAGCUGAAUGAAGCUAAAAAAUUAUCACGCAAGCUUACUUCUCCUGGAUCAAGCGUGUCCAAUCCGCAACCAAUAGCCUCACAAGCGAAAUCUGGAGAAGAAGAGAAUGCAGAAAAAUUUGUUGAUCAGUCGCAGAAACAGCAGAGCACGGUGACGACCAGCUUGAUGAAGUCGAUACCGGCUGUCAAACUGGAGACUUCGACGCCUGCGAACAGCGGCAAUCCGAUGUCCACGUUCGCGGACAAGGCUCUUCCGAUCGCGAAACCGGUCUUGAAAUCCAAACUUCCGGUUGGCGUGCCUCCUAUCCCGGUGAUCAUCGACCAGAAAUUGGAGAAUCAAGAGGAGGAGAAGCAAGACGAGUUGGCGAGAAAGAAGGAGGAGCCGAACAAGAAGAACAGCAAGGUGGAUAGCAAGGAGCAGGAGGGUGAAAAUGGGAAUUUAGAUUCUCCAUUCGAAGCUGUUCCAGCGAGAAGAGCCGAUGAACAGGUUCCAGAGAGAAGAGGGAAUGGUUGGUUCAACGUUGGCCCUGGUGUACAGGAGAUUGGUGAUGAAUUGAAUCACAUUCGUUUGGCUGGUAUGGAUGGUGGUGGUGAACGAGUUGAUGUUGGUGAUGAUCAGUAUGAGGGUGUUGAGUAUGACAAAGAACCUCAGCAAAAGGACAGUGAUUUGAGAUUGGUUGAGGGUGAAGAUGAAGGUGAAGAUGAAGAUGAUCAGAUAGACUAUCCUCAGAAUUUGAAACAGGAUAAAAGGGAAUGAAGAAUUUUUCAAAGAAAGUAUGAAGUGAAUUAGAAAGGUUUGGUUAAAAAAAGAAAAAAAAUGAUGAAGUCUCGUUCAAGAAAAAAGCAAUUAUGGUACUAAUUAACAUCUAUUAUCAAUUAAUUCUUCAUCUUGUCACUACUUAACUUGGCUGCUAAUCUUCUCUUGAGAGAAGGAAAAGGAUGAAGGAAGAUUUUCAACCGGAUAGAUGCACUAUUUUACUUUUUUAUCUAUAUUUUUUCUCUCUCUUUUUUUUCUGGAAAAUUCCAUACGAGGAUCUAGCCAAAAGAUUUAGAUAGUUUAUACUCUAUACAGAUGCUAUUUAAGAAUCGCUGCUUGGUCAACGAGUAGAUCGUAUUUUUUAUUCAAAAGCUUGUUGAUUGGACCGAGCAGUGUGUCGAUAGAAAGAAACAGACUGUAUUUUUCUAGAAUUAAUUCUAAGAUAAGAAAGAUACGAGUUAAAGUUUCCACAUGGCGAAAGAAAUUCUCUUGCAAAAAUUCACUCUUUCAUUAGCAGAUAGAAUAAAAAGAAAGGAAGAAGAAAAAAUAUUCCUUGUAUUUCAUUGUAUGAGAAUUAAAAGACAAUAUUUUGUGUAAUGUUUAACAGAUAGCAAUAAUUUGUAUAAUGAUUAUUAUUACAGUAUUUCAUAAAGAAAAGAAAUUUUUAUACAUAAGAAACUAUAUUUCACUUUAUGAAAAUGUAAAGUUUCUUUUUAAACGUAUGGAUUAAUCACUUGUACAAUUAAUGUUUCCUAACAACAAUGGAAAACAUGAUAUUUUAUUUAAUUCAAUAAUAUUUAAUAAUUUAUUUUACAAUUUAGAAAAAAUUCUUCUAAUAUUCACAUCUGACAAGUUCUCUUAAAAAACGAAUAAUUAAAGAAAAAUCGUUUCUUAUUUUAUAUUUAAUUUAAUUAAUCGUCAUUUUGAUUGAAACGUUAAUGAAUCGAUCAUGGAUUAUCAGUGGAAUUCGAGCAAUACGUUAAGAAAAUCACAACAAGUAUUCUGCCAAUGAAAGAGUCGAUAACUUUCUUCAACGAACUACCUACGCGGUGUCGCGACUUAAAUGCACUUAUUACUUAAGCCGUCUCGUUGAACAUUUUUAAAUAGAAAUUAACACCUCAAUCAGCCGACAGUUCUUGUUGGAAUCGUGCAAUAUGAUCGGUACAAGGGUACACGUGAUUUAUUUAUUGCCUACCAGUCGUCGUUUUGGCGCUAACAAUCAAGACUUAACAGAAUGAAAGGAACUAAAAUUUAAGGAAUUUAUUAUGGAUUUAGAUUAAUAUUUGUUAUGAGCGUAGAUAUAUCUACUUGACACAGAGAAAAGUGAUACAAUAUGUACAUAAGAGUUUUUUCAUAAUAAAAAAAUUGAAAAAUCUUGGAA